AGAAAGACGAGAGCGAGAAGGAGAGAGGGAGUCCAGCCCACUUCGCUAAAACCAUUCAACUGGUGAACGAGAGGACGCAUUCAACUCUCACAGAGGGAUAGAGGGAGUGAGCAACAGAGGUGGACUGCGAGCUGUGCUGAACUUUGCAGCUUCCAAACUUCUGAGGAGAGGACGAGAGAGAAAGACAAAGACAGUAAGACAGAGAGAAGGCAGAAGAAGGAAGGACUCAAUUUUUUAUUCACUUUUGUCAGAAAUUCCACUUUUCUUCAUCUUUUCUGGCUCCGUCUGUGCAUCUGCAUCAGACAGCAUCUUCAAAUCCAGAGCAGCAGCCAAUCAGGUGUUUCCUGCCAUCAUGUCUGUGUUACCUUUGGUGAGCUGGACCCUCCUGCUCCUGGUCCAGGUCCAGAGCUGCCUCUCAUCUUCGGACCCAGUGUCAAAGCUCCAGCCCCAUUCCCUGACUGUGGAUCCAGACGCCGCCUCCAGCUCCCACUGCCCCUCCUGUGCCCUGGCCAGGAUGCGGAGAAAUGAUGGGUUGAUGGUGGCGGACAGCGGGAAGACAGGACACGAGCAGGAAGAGGAGGCAGAGGAAGAGGCGGCUCAGCAGGACGUGGUGGAGGCGGUGAAGAGGCACAUCCUAACCAUGCUACACCUGCAGGCCCGGCCCAACAUCACCCGGCCGGUGCCGCGUGCCGCGCUCCUCAACGCCCUACGCAAGCUUCACGUGGGGCGGGUGGCGGACGACGGCAGCGUGCAGAUCGAGGGAGAGGAGGAGGUGCGAGGGAGGGGAGGCCGGGGAGGAGGAGGAGGGGGAGGAGCGGCGGUGGCGGCAGCUCGGGAUGGAGAUGGCGGCGAUGCACAAGAGACAACGGAAAUCAUCACGUUCGCCGAGGCUGGUGAGUCUCAGGGCACGGUGAACUUUGUCCUCUCCAAGGAAGGAGGUGAUAUGAACCUGGUGGAGCAAGCCAACGUCUGGCUCUUCCUCCGAUUGGCGAAGACCAACCGCAGCCGAGCCAAAGUCACCAUCCGCCUCUUCCAGCAGCGCCGUCUUCCCAGUGGACGUCCGUCUCCGCCACAGGAUGACAUCCUCCUGGCGGAGAAGACUGUGGACACCCGUCGCAGUGGCUGGCACACCUUCCCGGUGUCGGCGGCGGUGCAGGCGUUGCUGGAGAGCACAGAGAGUGCGACGCUGAGCCUCAGGGUGUCUUGCCCACUCUGUGCCGACACUGGUGCCACACUCGUCCUGGUCUCAGGAAGCUCGGAUGCGUCACAACGCAGCAACCAGCGGGAACAGUCCCACCGCCCCUUCCUCAUGGCCGUGGUCCGGCAGGGGGACGGCAGCGACUCAAGGCGGCGCAGGAAACGCGGCCUGGAGUGCGGCGGGAAGGUCCGCGUCUGCUGCAAGCGACAGUUCUACGUCAACUUCAAAGACAUCGGCUGGAACGACUGGAUAAUCGCUCCACAGGGUUACCACGCCAACUACUGCGAGGGUGAGUGCCCCUCCCAUGUAGCCAGCAUCACCGGGGCCACUUUGUCCUUUCACUCCACUGUCAUCAGUCAUUACCGCAUGAGGGGUUACAGCCCCUUCCAGACCCUGAGGUCGUGCUGCGUGCCCACCCGGUUAGGAGCCAUGUCCAUGCUGUACUACGACGACGAGCAGAAGAUCAUCAAGAAGGACAUCCAGAACAUGAUCGUGGAGGAGUGCGGCUGCUCGUAAACACAAAAACCUGAACCAGAUUGAAUGAGCUGGACAGGAGAGAAGCGGCAAGGGGGAGGAAGACCUCUGAACCCAGAGAUGAAGGAGAUGGAAGGUGGAGGGAAAGAUGAGCAGGUGACUAUACCCAUCCUCUGCCUUCCUCCAGGUCGCUCUCUGGGAUAAUAAUAAUAAAAAAAAAAAAAAAAAAAAAAAAAAAAAAAAAUUAAUAAAUGAAAAAAAAAAAAAAAAAAA